GGCCACGCUUAAAACAAAUUAAAAAUUGAGAAAGGCAUUGACAUGAGCCAACCACAUCAAAUACAAUAAACUAUAGAAUAUAAAACUUGAAAAAGAACCCAUAAAUUUCCCUUUGUACUUGGUAUUCUUCUUCUAAUUUGUCCGUACCCCAUUUCUCUCUUCAAAACAAACCCAUUUUUUCUUCAUCACUUCGCUUCCAAUUUCGCUCUUCAAAUAAUACAAAUUCUUGAAUUUUAGAAACCAUCUAUUUUUCUUUGUUGCAAAGGGAAUCUGAGUUUUUAUCACACGCUUUGUCCCUUUCUUCCAAACAAGGCACCUGGUUUUAUCGUUGCCUUGGCCUUGACCCUUAAACGUCAAAUCCACCUGACCUAACCCUUUUUCUCUCUCGAAAACUCUAUUUUUUUUCUUUGAAAGAUCAAAAGGAGGAUGAAGAGGAAUGUGCAUGUGAAAAUGAUGCAGCAGAUGAAUAAGAAGAAGGGAAAUGAAAACAAGAAUACUGUGAAGAAAAGCAGGUUCUUGAUUACGGUCAAUGUUCUUGGUAGUGCAGGGCCUUUAAGAUUCUUAGUCAAUGAGGAUGAUCUUGUUGCUGCUGUUAUUGAUGUUGCCUUGAAAUCUUAUGCUCGUGAAGGUCGGCUUCCCGUUCUUGGUUUAGACCCCAACAAGUUUCUUCUCUACUGUGCCAACGCAGGGUCAGAUGCUUUGAGUCCAUGGGAAAAGAUAGGAUCUCAAGGAGGACGGAAUUUUGUGUUAUGCAAGAAGCAGGUGCAUCCACAGAUGACUGAAGCAAGGUCCGCGAUGAUAACCCAUAAGGCAAGUGGUUGGAAAGCAUGGCUCAACAAAUCCUUAAGUUUCAAGAUUUAA